AGCCGUUUUGCUCAAUAUCGCGUCCUCCUGGUUACCUUUGAAACCUGCGGUUUCCCGAGCAUGGAGCGAGUCGCGCGCAUCGCAUCCCACGUGAAGGCCAGCGCGUCGCAGCAGGCCACGGUGACAGCUAGCCCAACGGCCGGUUUCUGCACCAAGGCCAAGGCAGAUGACGACGUGGUGAUAUGCUGCGCAGUGCGGACCGCCUUGUGCAAAGCCGGAAAGGGCUCGUUCAACAAGACCGCGCCUGAGGAGCUGUUGGCCGCAGUCUUCAAGGAGGUCAUUGCACGAACCAAGGUGAACCCAAAGGACAUAGGUGACAUCCAGAUUGGCAACGUGCUUCAGCCAGGGGCUAGUGGCCUCACAUCCCGCAUGGGCCAGUUCAUGGCCGAGCUGCCGUACGAUAUUCCGCUCAGCACAGUGAACCGACAGUGCAGCAGUAGCUUGCAGGCUACUGCCUACAUCGCGGCUGCCAUCAAGAGCGGCAUCAUCGACAUCGGUCUGGCCGGCGGCGUGGAGAACAUGAGCAUGUUUCCCAUGAUGGCCACCAUUGACAUCACCAAGCUGUCCGCCAAAGUCCUGGAGUACGAGAAUGCUGAAGCCUGCCUGUUGCCCAUGGGUCUGACGUCCGAGAACGUGGCAGCAGCAUACGGCGUCACCCGCGAGCGACAAGACCAGAUGGCGGCGGACUCCCACCGGAAGGCCCUGGAGGCACAGAAGAACGGCUGGUUCAAGGAGGAGAUUGUGCCAGUGACGGUGGAGAUGAAGCAGAAGGAUGGCUCCGUCAAGAAGGUGGUGGUUGACAAGGACGAAGGCCCGCGCGCUGGCACCACCAAGGAGGGUCUUGCCAAGCUGAAGCCUGCUUUCAAGGCUGGCGGCAGCACAACGGCCGGGAACUCCAGUCAGACCACGGACGGUGCUGCCAUGGUGCUCUUAGCAAGGCGGGAUGUGGCCAAGAAGCACGGGCUGCCCAUCAUUGCGCGAUUCUGCAGCUUUGCGUGCGUGGGCGUGGAUCCCAAACUCAUGGGAAUCGGCCCUGCCUUCGCCAUCCCGCCGGCGCUGGAGAAGGCUGGCAUCACCGUUGACGAUGUGGACGUGUUUGAGAUCAACGAGGCCUUCGCGUCUCAGGCGACCAUGUCUUGCGAUCACCUGAAGGUUCCCAUGGAGAAAUUGAACCCCAAGGGCGGUGCCAUUGCACUUGGUCACCCUUUGGGUGCCACUGGAGCCAGGCAAAUUGCCACACUGCUUCCGGAGCUCAAGCGGACGGGCAAGAAGUACGGUGUCACGUCCAUGUGCCUGGGUAGUGGCAUGGGGGCUGCUUCAGUCAUUGAGGCGGAGUGAGCAUUUUUUGAGCGAAGGUGCCCUGCGAUUGUCGGGGGGGCUUCGUUUUGUUUCAACUUCCCGUUUCUUACCUAUGUGCGCGUGUCAAUUCUUUUGGGGGUUGGGGGCAAGAUGCCCGUGUCAUGUGGAAAGCAAUCCCAUCAGGGAGGAGCUGCGCAUGCCACAUAGUUGACUCUUGACAUGUCUCUCGGUCUCACGAGGCGGUAUGCGUGCGCAAGAAAAAAACGAGUGCCUUACCCGCAGUGCCCAAAACUGGAGCCAGAGACAGUGAUCGGCGACAGCGGCACUAGUAUGUCACGGA